UCUCCUCCUUUGGAGAGUACAGAGUAGAGGAAGAGCAGCCGCACUCUUCUUUCUCCUUUUCUUUUCCCUCGUGCUCCGUCCAUCUGCGCUCCGUCAUCAUGUCCAAGGCUCCACCGACCACGGACCCCACAAAGAUGGGGAUUGGACGGGCCAUUGCUGUGCUGACGUCAGGGGGAGAUGCCCAAGGUAUGAACGCUGCAGUGAGAGCCACGGUCAGAGUGGGGAUUUACACUGGAGCCAAAGUCUACUUUGUUCAUGAGGGCUACCAGGGCCUGGUGGACGGAGGUGAAAACAUCCGCCUGGCCACAUGGGAGAGUGUGUCCAUGAUGCUGCAGCUGGGAGGAACUGUAAUCGGCAGCGCCCGCUGUAAGGACUUCAGGAACAGGGAAGGGCGUUUGAAGGCGGCCCUCAACCUGGUGAAGCUGGGCAUCACCAAUCUGUGUGUGAUUGGAGGUGACGGCAGUCUGACAGGAGCCAACCAGUUCAGGACGGAGUGGAGCGGACUGCUGGCUGACCUGGUCAAAGCUGGUAAAAUCACUGAAAAUGAUGCCAAGAAAUCUUCCCACCUGAACAUCGUCGGGAUGGUGGGUUCCAUCGACAAUGACUUCUGUGGCACUGACAUGACCAUCGGUACCGACUCGGCUCUGCACCGAAUCAUGGAGGUGGUGGACGCCAUCACUACAACGGCACAGAGCCAUCAGAGGACAUUCAUCCUGGAGGUGAUGGGCAGACACUGUGGGUACCUGGCCCUGGUCACAGCGUUGGCCUGUGGCGCUGACUGGGUGUUUAUUCCAGAAAUGCCACCAGAUGAAGCCUGGGAGGACCAUCUGUGCAGGAGGCUGGCAAACCAAAGGGCGAGAGGUUCUCGUCUGAACGUGAUCAUUGUCGCUGAGGGCGCGAUGUCCAGAGAGGGGAAGGCGAUUACAUCUGAUCAAAUUAAAAAGCUGGUGACUGACAGACUGGGCUUCGACACUCGUACCACCAUUCUUGGACACGUGCAGAGAGGUGGCACGCCCUCCGCCUUUGACAGAGUCCUGGGCAGCAGGAUGGGUGUGGAGGCGGUGAUGGCGCUGCUGGAGGCCACUCCAGACACUCCAGCCUGUGUGGUCAGCCUGUCAGGGAACCAGGCUAUCAGACUGCCACUCAUGGAGUGUGUUCAAGUGACCAAAGAUGUGACGGCUGCCAUGGCUGAGGGCAGAUUUGAAGAUGCUAUUAAACUCAGGGGCAAGAGCUUCGAAAACAACUGGAACACUUACAAACUGCUGGGUCACAUCAACCCCCCAGAGACUAAGAGUAACAUCAACGUGGCCAUCAUGAACAUCGGGGCUCCCUGUGCUGGUAUGAACGCUGCGGUUCGUGCUGCUGUCAGAAUGGGAAUCAUCCAAGGUCACAACAUGUUGGCUGUUCACGAUGGUUUUGAUGGCCUGGCCCAGGGACAGAUUGAGCCCAUUACCUGGAAUGGAGUGAGUGGUUGGACAGGAAAAGGAGGCUCGGUGUUGGGCACCAAGAGAACUCUGCCAGGCAAAAUUUUGGAGGAAAUCAGCCUGAACAUCGCCAAAUAUAACAUCCACGCUUUGGUGAUCAUUGGUGGAUUUGAGGCCUACGUUGGAGGUCUGGAGCUGGUUCAAGCCAGAGAGAAGUAUGAAGAGAUGUGCAUUCCUAUGGUGGUGAUCCCGGCCACUGUCUCAAACAACGUCCCCGGCUCUGACUUCAGCAUUGGAGCUGACACUGCCCUCAACACCAUCACCACGACCUGUGACAGGAUCAAGCAGUCGGCAGCAGGGACCAAGCGCCGCGUUUUUAUCGUUGAGACUAUGGGUGGAUACUGCGGCUACUUGGCUACCAUGGCUGGUCUGGCUGCUGGAGCUGAUGCUGCCUACAUUUUCGAGGAAAGAUUCAACAUUAAAGAUCUGCAGGUGAAUGUAGACCAUCUGGUGGAGAAGAUGAAGACAACGGUGAAGAGAGGUUUGAUUCUCAGGAAUGAAAAUUCCAAUGCCAACUACACCACUGACUUCAUCUUCAACUUGUACUCAGAGGAGGGCAAAGGCGUCUUUGAUUGCCGUAAGAAUGUCCUCGGACACAUGCAACAGGGUGGCACUCCAACGCCCUUCGACAGAAACUUUGGCACAAAAAUGGGUGCCAAGUCUGUUAUUUGGCUGACAGAUAAGCUGAAGGAGUGCUACAGGCAUGGUCGUAUAUUUGCUAACACAACCGACUCUGCCUGUGUUCUGGGCAUGAGGAAGAGAGCGCUCACCUUCCAGCCACUCACUGAGUUGAAGGGAGAUACAGAUUUUGAGCACCGCAUCCCUAAGACCCAGUGGUGGCUGAAGAUAAGGCCAAUCAUGAAGAUCCUGGCCAAGUACGACAUCAAACUAGAUACAUCUGAAAGUGCUGAUAUGGAGCAUGUGAUCAAGACGAAGACUCUGUUUGCGAAGUAGACUCAGUCUGCUAUCAAUUAGCAUCACGAUAUUGGAGCUAUUGUGUUGUUCUGUUCUCACUCUGCCACAUCUAAACUUUAACAUUUCACAGAUUACACUAUAGUAUUUAAAAAUAAAAGCCUCUGAAACUCACACUACUCUAUUGCAACCUAUUUGUGAAAUUUGAAUGAAAUUUGAAUGAAAUCAACCAAACCUUUCAUAUCGACUGCUAGGAUAAUCCAAAACAUAUUUAGUUUGUAGUGGAAUUAUCCAAUGUCUUGUUAAGUAGCUGAGCGGUUAUUUUGUAGACUUAUCUCUUUGUGAUUGUAUCUCAUGGGACAGUAAAUGAUUUAAUCACAGCUCUUGAGGCUUUAGAAGACACCACAGAGCACUCAUUAAUUUGCUAUUGAUAACAAAGAACCAGAGAUCCAGAAACAUGAAAAAAUAGUUCUCAAGUGCCUAUAAACAACUUAACUCUCUGUGGUAUGUAAUACAUUACCUGUUAGGACAAAAAAUGUUCAGUGAUUUUCUGUGUUUAACAUACAAAA